CUUUUUAAUCAGUGCGCUCUUUCUGUCACCGUCACUGUUUUUUGACGCACGUGAAGUUCAAAGAGCUUUUUGAGAAGAAUUUUCCCAAAAUUUCGAAAAAAUGUUGGCCGCUGCUCGUGUUCUCAGUCGUAAAGCUGUUGAAUGCUCGAAAUUUAGCUACGAUGUUGUGGGGAAAAGGAAUUUCAGCUACUUGACAAACAACACCUCCUCGUACACUUUACACCCGAAAUAUGACAUUCAGACUCGUUUCAAGUCUGAGGGCGUCAAAGGCGCCGUUAUUGGCAUCGAUUUGGGUACUACAAACUCAUGUGUUGCCGUCAUGGAAGGCAAACAGGCAAAAGUAAUUGAAAAUUCCGAAGGUUCCCGCACAACUCCCUCAGUUGUUGCGUUUACGAAAGACGGUGAACGUUUGGUGGGCAUGCCGGCAAAACGGCAAGCCGUCACUAACUCAGCCAACACAUUCUAUGCCACAAAACGGUUAAUUGGUAGACGAUUCGAUGACAGUGAGGUCAAAAAAGACAUGAAUAACGUUUCGUAUAAAAUCGUCAAAGCUUCCAACGGCGACGCUUGGGUGCAAGGAAGCGACGGAAAAAUGUAUUCUCCCAGCCAGAUCGGUGCCUUUAUUUUGACAAAAAUGAAAGAAACGGCUGAGGCCUAUUUGAAUACUAAAGUUAAAAAUGCUGUUAUCACCGUGCCAGCGUACUUUAACGACUCGCAAAGGCAGGCGACGAAAGAUGCUGGACAAAUUGCAGGUUUGAACGUCUUGAGGGUCAUCAAUGAGCCGACAGCGGCCGCAUUAGCCUACGGCAUGGACAAAACCGAGGACAAAAUAAUUGCCGUUUACGAUUUGGGCGGCGGCACUUUCGAUAUCUCAAUUCUCGAAAUCCAAAAGGGCGUUUUCGAGGUGAAAUCAACCAACGGUGACACUUUCUUGGGUGGUGAAGAUUUCGACAACGUCCUUGUCAAUCACUUAGUGUCUGAAUUCAAAAAAGAGCAGGGGAUUGACGUUACUAAAGACCCCAUGGCCAUGCAGCGUCUCAAAGAAGCUGCCGAGAAAGCUAAAAUCGAAUUAUCAUCGUCAAUGCAAACUGAUAUAAAUCUACCGUAUUUGACGAUGGAUGCCUCUGGGCCAAAGCACAUGAAUCUCAAAUUAUCUCGCUCGAAAUUCGAAAGUCUGGUCGGUGAAUUGGUCAAACGCACAGUUCAGCCUUGUCAGAAGGCUCUAAAAGAUGCCGAAGUUGCUAAAAACGAGAUUGGGGAGGUUUUGCUUGUCGGGGGUAUGACAAGGAUGCCGAAGGUGCAGAGCACCGUUCAGGAUAUUUUCGGUAAACAGCCGAGUCGUGCCGUUAACCCUGAUGAAGCUGUGGCUGUUGGGGCUGCAGUCCAAGGGGGUGUUUUGGCUGGUGAUGUCACUGAUGUGCUCUUGUUGGACGUUACACCGUUGUCUCUCGGAAUCGAGACUUUGGGCGGUGUUUUCACUAGACUUAUCUCGAGAAAUACAACGAUUCCGACUAAGAAAAGUCAAGUGUUUUCGACCGCUGCCGAUGGACAAACACAAGUCGAGAUUAAAGUACACCAAGGUGAACGUGAAAUGGCCGCAGAUAAUAAGCUUUUGGGGCAAUUCUCGCUUGUUGGAAUUCCACCAGCGCCGAGAGGAGUGCCUCAGAUUGAAGUUACUUUCGAUAUUGAUGCUAACGGUAUCGUCCAUGUCUCGGCAAGGGAUAAGGGAACAGGAAAGGAACAACAAAUUGUUAUCCAGUCAUCUGGUGGUUUGAGCAAGGAAGAGAUCGAGAACAUGGUGCGCAGAGCUGAAGAAUACGCAAAGGAAGAUAAGAUUAAGAAGGAGCGAGUUGAAGCUAUCAAUCAAGCUGAAGGAAUUGUGCACGAUACUGAGACCAAAAUGGAAGAAUACAAAGACCAGUUGCCCAAAGAAGAGUGUGAUAAAUUGAAAGAAGAGAUCGCCAAAGUUAGGGAAAUGUUGGCGAAGAAAGACGAAGCCGAUCCCGAAGAAAUCCGCAAAGUCACAGGCACACUUCAACAGUCGUCACUUAAGUUGUUCGAAAUGGCGUACAAGAAGAUGGCAGCAGACCGCGAAGGCAGCGGUGGCAGCAGCAGCGGUUCGUCCGAACAACAAUCAGAAGAACCGAAGGAAAAGAAAGAAGAUAAAAAUUAAAUGUGUUUGUACUGACUAGUGACUAAUUUGUGAUGAAGCCGAAGCUGCGUACCGUUUUCCGUUGUUGUACGUUUGGCGCGUAAAUGAGAUUCUAGUUAAAAAGACGGAUCUUGUAUCUUCUUGUCGUCUCUUUAAUUGGGAUAAGUGUGCAUUCAUAAUAAGUUUUAUUAUUUUUAUUUUCUUGUUACUGAUAGUGAUGCUGUGACUGUUUGUGAGCCAGUUGUCGAUUCUGUUGUAAAUUUUUAGUAAUAAAUAAAAAUAAUUUUGUAUUAA